GCGGAAGUCCAGAAGGAAGGGGUUACAGUCUCAUAUAUGUUCGACCUAGACGCGAUCAUCGACCACUUUGUGCCCGUGACACGCGGUCCAAGGAUAUAAAAAGCGGAAGGUCGACCGAGCCGAGGAAGGAAAAGACUUAGACAGGGUGAAGGUCGGAUAGUAGUACCUGUGAUCUCGCGUAGUGUGCCAGUGCCGAAUCUCGAGAACAUACGAAAUGAGGAUAACAGUGAUCGCCUCCCUGAUUCUGGGCCUUGCCCUCUGCGCGAAAGGUGAGACCGUCAAAGAAGACAACGAGAGUUUACUGAACUGCAUCGCGGACGACGAUACCUUGGGAUGUCUGACAUCGAGACUGGCCAGAGACAUCGAUCAGAUCGAGGUGCAGGUGACAGGGAGGACCAGCGAGACUCCCAUGAGCUCGGUCAUCGAACAGGCUGGAAAUUUCGUGGCCGAACUCAUCGACGACGUUCAACACCCUGAACAACCCGCGGAAACUGAGCAAGAGGAGGGACGUGGAAAGAAGAUUGGAAAGAGGAAGAAGAAGCAUCUGCAGAAGCUCCUCGGUCUGGCCAUGCUGUUCAAAGCCAAGAUCAGCCUGCUGCUCCAGCUGAUCUCGACGCACUUCCAAGUGAAGUUCUUCGUGAUCGCCGUUAUCACCUUGAUCCUCAACGCCGCCAGGUUCUGGAUCGACCUGAAAAAGUCACCAUCCAAAGUCAUUUACUACGAACACGCUCAGCACCAGCACCACUACGACCACGAUGAUCACGAUUCCGGUUACUGGGGACGGUCCAGCAACGACUCUCCUCAAGAUCUCGCCUACUCCGCCUACGCCCCGCAAAGCUCCUAGAGAACCGCAAAGACUCGCGACGCGAUCGCGUCGCCGCGUCGUCGUGUAUGUUUUCUCUACCCUCAGGUUUAGACAUUCGUUAAGCGAGUUCGAUGAAACCCGAUGGAUAGUCUGAGUUCAUAUUUAUGUUAAAUUAUUUAUUUUUAUUUAUGUUAAAUCGUCUCCCUCAUUUAUUAAGUUAAGAUCCCGUUUACGUACCAAAGUCCACUUUGCGUACCUGUUAUCUAUCACGCUCCUCAUCUGCCAAAUCUUGUUAAUUCAUCGUUCAACGCCCAUGAACAAUGUACAAGCAGUAAACUAUUUUAAUAAUGA